UGACAGUAGCCAGAGCAACAAGGAUGGAAAAGGAUUUUUGCACUCAUGUUACGUUACACAAGACUGAGUUGGCUAAAUGGGGAACAAACGCGGUGCACGUGCGUGUUACCGGUCAUUGUGUUGUAGGCUGUCCUUACUGCCUUUAAAGGCGCAUAUAAUAGGCUUUCAUUAAAAAUCGCUAAUCAUUAUUAGCCUAAGUAACCAGACGUUCAGGAAGUUCAUAGUGGGUCUGAGUAACGUUAGACCACCACAGAGAGUUUUUACCUGGGGGUAAUUUACUCGUCAGGGUUCAUUAAACGUAAUCGAUGCAUUGGUUCGGUCUAAAUUUAACGUGAUUUGUUAUUUUUCGGAUGUAUGAUAGGCAGUAGACAGUGUAGCGCAGCACUGUCAAUUGUGAUAACAAAAACCGUUGCUUAAUCAUCGCUAAUUAAGCCACAAUGGAGGUGAGUCCCGACAAUUUAAAGAUACCCCCUGAUGAGAAAGAUUAUGCUUUGAGACCCUUAGACCUCAACGCGAUAUCCGAGAAGAAGACUGUGGAUGCAGAGACUCAGAGACCCACAUGGAGUGGGCGGCUGGAAUUCAUCUUGGCAUCGGUGGGGUACGCGGUGGGACUGGGCAAUAUCUGGAGGUUCCCCUACCUGUGCUACAGCAGCGGUGGAGGUGCCUUCAUGAUCCCUUAUCUCACCAUGGUGCUCCUGUGUGGCAUGCCUCUGCUCUUCAUGGAGUUUUCUAUUGGGCAGUACACUCGUCUAGGGCCAGUGCAUGCUCUCGCUAAAAUCUGUCCCUUGUUGAAAGGUGUUGGUCUGGCCACAGUUGUUAUCUCUUUCGUGUUCUCCACGUACUACAAUGUGCUCAUAAGCUGGGCACUUUUCUAUUUCUUCAACUCAUUCGGAGCAACCCUCCCCUGGAAUUCCUGCAACAACACCUGGAAUGCUGUCGGAAACUGUUCCAGUGGUUUCCCUGGCAACACUACCCACCUGCAGUCUGCCAGCCAACAGUUCUUUGAUCACAGACUUCUGCAGAAAACCAGUGGUAUUGAAGACGUUGGUGGUGUACGCUGGGAACUUUUUGGCUAUCUCAUUAUUUCCUGGGUCAUCGUGUAUUUAUGCAUAUUUAAAGGAGUCAAAUCCACUGGAAAGGUUGUGUAUUUCACCGCUAUAUUUCCGUACUUCAUUCUGUUUGCCCUGCUCAUUAAUAAUGUGCAGCUUCCUGGCGCCAAGAAUGGUAUCCUCUACUUUGUGACACCUGUCUGGGGCAAACUGUUUGAAGUAAAGGUUUGGGUUAAUGCAGCUGCCCAGGUGUUUAACUCCAUUGGAAUAGCAUUUGGCUCCAUGAUUUCGAUGGCUAGUUACAACAAGUUCAACAACAACAUUCUUAGGGAUGCUUUAAUUGUAUCAUUUACCAACUCAUUCACUAGUAUCCUGGCUGGCUUUGUGAUCUUCUCAGCUAUUGGCUACAUGGCUCAUAUACAUAACCUCCCAGUGGACAACAUAGCUACAGAUGGUCCUGGUUUGGUGUUUGUUGUGUACCCUGAAGUCCUCUCCACCAUGCCUGUGUUUCAGCUGUGGGCCCCUCUGUUCUUCUUUAUGCUGCUGUGUCUGGGCCUGGACAGCCAGUUUGCCACAGUUGAGGUGGCUAUAACGUUCAUAAAAGAUGAGUUUGGCCCCCAAGUUCUGCAUUUCCUAAAGAGAGAAGAGCUGCUGACCCUGGCUGUGUGCAUCAUUGGCUUUGUUCUGGGAAUUCCCCAUGUAACCAAGGGAGGAAUCUAUGUUUUUCAGCUGAUGGACCACUACACCGCUGUGGUCUCCCUUGUGUUCCUGGCUUUCUUUGAAGUUGUCGCUGUCUGCUGGAUCUUUGGUGUCCCACGUAUCUGCUUAAUGGUCGAGAAGAUGCAAGGAAAAACUCCAAACAUCUACUUUCGUCUCUGUUGGUUGCUGCUCUGUCCUCUCUUGGUGCUGUGUAUACUGAUCUCCAGCAUUGUCCAGUACACUCCCGCUCACUAUGAAAAGUACACAUACCCAGGGUGGGCUGAAGUAGUGGGCUGGGGUGUCUCACUGGUCUCCAUAGUGUGGAUCCCACUGGGAGCCAUUCAAGAGAUCUAUAGCAACAAAGGCUCACUUCUUCAGAGACUUAAAACAGCUAUGAUGUCCACAAUAGACCUGGAUGCUGAGGAUCCCCUGCCAGAAAAACAAAACCUAGACAACCCAGCAUCUGAAACCUUGCUUACUUCAGUGGCAUGAUCAGGAAUACAGCCAAAGCCGAUGGAAUGAACUGUUUUUACACUGAGAUACACAAUCGUUAAGCUUCUAUCAUACAAUUAUAAUUUAAUCCUAUUUUUUUCUACCAAAGGACGGAUUCUUUAUUCUAUCUUAAGGUUAAUUAAAUAAAAUUAAAUUUAGAUAAGAGUGACCGUGUGCCUUGUCUAGACAAUGCAGGUGUUCAUUCCUACCAAAGAUUGAAAUUUAAAUGAUUAUUUCCUCCCCUUUGGUUUAUUAAUCAGUAAACCAGUGCCUGGUGUAUGCAUUGGUGUUUUCUCUUGCAAUGUGUAACUAAGAGUAAAUUAUGCAUCUAUGGUAGAGGCAUUCAGAGGCGUAUUAAC